GACGGCACCUCGUACGACCAGAUCUUCUCUCCUCCAUCUCUUCUAGUCAGACAACCUUGCAACUCCCGCUGUCAUCAACCCGGGCGGGCGACCUAGCUUUAUCGUAUCCGAGCUCCGUGGAAAAUAUCAUAUCAAGAACGAGAGCGACAGGCACUUGGCUGAAUAUAUCUAGGAAAAAACCAAAGCAGCGCAAAAGAACUGGCCUUAGAAGAGAUUCUUUAAUACGUUAGCUCUAUCAGUUGCUUCUAUCAAACUAGACAAUCUCGGACAGAGAUCAUUGCUGGCUGGGAGUAUCAGUGGCUGGCAGAUAGCCGUGUACAGACAUCUCUGCCUGACACCAGGAAAGCGAAAAAAAAGAUAAGAAAAUGAAGAAAGUCAUCCGCUAUCUCCAAGACCAAGCACUCGAAGCUUCGCAGCAGAAGUAUUCCGGCGCUGCAUAUCUUUCCCCCACGACCAGAGAACCUCAACAGCGGGUCAAACACCACAGCCCGUCGUAUUACAAGGAGCAGCACACUUCCCACCAUCAAUCACGCUCUGCGCACCCUAGCUUAGCUGCGCACAGCUUUCCCGCUCACACAGCAGCCGGGACUGGACCUCCAAGAUCGAGCAGACAGGGAUCACCGCACAUCGCGGACAAGAUCCACCGCGAUAUUACACGGCACCAAUAUGCCUUAGAUAACAUCCUCCAGUCCUACGAGUUAUAUGUUCCCGAACUCGAUCACUCGCACCUUGCCGAUCCCAGCGGGAAAAAGUACUGGAUUGUUUACGUCCAUGGCGGGUACUUUCGUGAUCCGACAGUCACGUCUUCAUCCUUCUACCCAGCUCUUGACCAUUUAGUGUCUGAGAAGGCGAAUGGCCGCCACUACCACCAUAAUCCAUUUAAACAUGACGAGCACGUACCGGCAGUUGCGCCGUACAUCGCAGGUUACGUGUCAUUGAACUAUCGUCUCUCUCCUCAUCCAGACAAGGCGCCUCAAGAUCCAUCCAAAACGCCAGCGUACGAGCUCCGCAAUGCCAAAUGGCCGGAUCAUGUCCACGACGUACUCACCGCGAUUGCACAUCUACAGAACAAAUACGGCUUUGGGGAUCAGUACCUGCUCGUGGGACACAGUGUGGGCGCCACGAUGGCCGUGCUGAGCACCAUUGCGGCACACCGAUCGUUCUCAAAAGGAAACCCCGCCGACCUACCAAAGAUCGAACCGCCCAUGGCUGUGCUUGGUGUUUCAGGCAUCUAUGAUUUCCCGCUCCUCCAUGAAUCAUUCGCCGACUAUAUCGGGAUGACGAGGAAUGCUAUACCAGAUGAGGCUGACGAUGUGCUGGCCAGCCCCGCUAGGUAUGAUGCAAAGGACUACGUGGAUGCCUGGGCGGCUACGGGGAAAAAGAAGAGAGUUUUGGUUAUUGCACACUCCAAGGACGAUGGGUGGGUGGAUUGGAAGCAGGUUGAGGCGAUGCAGAAGGUCUUUGCGGGCAGUGGAUCGGUGAUCGAUUGCGAAGUUUCCGAGUUGAAGGGCCAACAUAACGAUAUCUGGGAGAAAGGGGCGGAGUUGGCAAGGGCCAUUGCUCAGGCGGUGCAUAUAAUGCGAGGUCUAGAGGGAGAUGGACAGUGAACGGCCAAGGAACCCCCAAAAUUGACACGAAAGCCAUGUGUAGUUUGAUACCCCUUUUGCAAGGACUACGGGAUGCCAGAUUGAACAUGACGGACUUAGCCAUAUGCAGGAUCAUAGUAAUAAUGAAAAGCAAC